UGAUCUUUAAAAGGGUAAGGUUUUUUUUCCUAAUUUGCCAUUGAUUUUCCUUGCCCUAGAAACUCGUUCCUUUUCUCUCACUCUUGGGUGCCGCCGCCUCCCUUCUCUGUUUUUUCUGUUGGUUUUUUAAUUUUUUGUCUCCAAAAAUUUGCGCUUAUAAUUCAUUGUUCUUCAUCUUGAAUCCUCCUCGGACCGUCUUCAGAAAGCGCAGACCACCAUUGAGGCUUCGCCGCCACUAUGGCUCUACUGCUGUCACAGACAGUUGCCCGGCACCACCAAAUCAAGUUCAUGCGAUGGAUUUAUCUGAUGCCGUGAUAGUCAAAUCCAGCAGAUUAAAAUCUGUGGUAUGGAAUGACUUUGACAGGGUGAAAAAAGGGGAUACUUUUGUUGCCAUUUGUAGGCAUUGUAAGAAAAAACUUAGUGGAUCAAGUACCAGUGGAACGUCCCAUUUGAGGAACCAUUUAAUUAGGUGUCAGAGAAGAUCUAAUCGUGGCGUUGCUCAGUUUCUUUCUACAAGGGAAAAGAAGAAGGAAGGAACCCUUGCUCUCGCGAAUGUAAAUGUUAAUCAGGAGCAAAGAAAGGAUGAACCACUUACUGUUGUGAAUUAUAAAUUUGAUAAAUUUGAACAAGGGCAGAUGAAAGAUGAAGCUGUUAGUGUUGCAAGUGGUAACUUGGAUCAAAGGCGAAGCCAAUUUGAUAUUGCUCGCAUGAUUAUUUUGCAUGGCUAUCCAGUUCAAAUGGUGGAGCAUGUAGGAUUCAGGGUUUUUGUUAAGAAUCUACAACCAUUGUUUGACCUUGUAACAACUGACAGAGUAGAGGCUGACUGUGUGGAUAUUUAUUCACAAGAGAAACAAAAGGUUUAUGAAGUACUCGAUAAAUUACCUGGAAAGAUCAGCCUUAGUGCCAAUCUGUGGUCUGCUUCUGACGAUGCUGAGUACUUGUGUUUAACAGCACAUUACAUUGAUGAAGGUUGGCAAUUAAAGAAGAAGACGCUGAAUUUCAUCUUGGUUGAUCCGGCUUAUACAGAAGACAUGCAUUCAGAAGGCAUCAUGACAUGUCUGAUGGAUUGGGAUAUAGACCGAAAGCUGUUUUCAAUGACAUUUGAUAGUCAUUCUGCCAAUGACAAUGUUGUCCAUAGAAUCAGAGACCGGCUGUCGCAGAAUAGGUUCCUCUACUGUAAUGGUGUGCUAUUUGAUAUACGCUGUGCUGCAAGUCUUCUCAAGCUGAUGGUUCACGAUGCACUGGAGGUGCUUUCUGAGGUAACACACAAAAUUCGUGAAAGCAUUCGUUAUGUAAGAAGUUCACAAUUAAAUCUGAUGAAAUUCAAUGAGAUUGCUUCACAAGGUGGAGUUGAGAGUCAGAAGUGCUUAUGUCUUGACAAUCCAUCGCGUUGGGACUCUACAUAUUUUAUGCUUGAAGCUGCCUUAGAGUACAGGUGGGCAUUUUCACAUUUUCAGGAACAAGGCAUUGCCUAUUCAACUUGUCCAACUGAUUUAGAGUGGGAGAGGGUGAGGACCGUUACAAGCUUUUUGAAGCACUUUGUUGAAGUCGCUAAGGUUUUUGUGAAGAACAAGUAUCCAACUGCAAAUAUAUACUUUUCGGAGAUCUGUGAUAUUCACUUGCAGUUAAUUGAAUGGUGCAAGAAUUCUGAUGAUUUUAUUAGUUCUAUGGCAUUAAAGAUGAAAAGCAAGUUUGAUGAAUAUUGGGAGAAAUGCAGUUUUGCUUUAGCAGUUGCAGCCAUGUUAGAUCCUCGAUUCAAGAUAAAAUUGAUCGAGUACUACUAUCAACAAAUAUUUGGUAGUGGUUCUGCAGAGUUAAUUGAUGAAGUUUCUGAGUAUAUAAAGGCACUGUACAACGAACAUUCGAUUGGCUCUCCUUUAGCUUCUUUUGACCAAGGUCUGACUUGCCAAGUUAGUGGUAGCAUUGGAUGCUUGCCUAGUUCUGGGCGAGACAGUAAAGAUAGACUGGUGGGAUUUGACAAAUUCCUCCAUGAAACUUCCCAGAGCCAAGGUACUAAAUCAGAUUUGGACAAGUACUUGGAAGAACCUCUUUUUCCUCGCAGUGUUGAUUUCAACAUAUUAAAUUGGUGGAAAGUUCAUACUCCAAAGUAUCCUAUACUAGCUAUGAUGGCACGGAAUAUUUUGGGAAUUCCUAUGUCAAAAGUUACACCGGAGUCUGCUUUUAACAAUGGAGGGAGAGUGCUUGACCGUGAAUGGAGUUCAAUGCGACCAACUACUGUGCAAGCUUUGAUGUGCUCACAAGAUUGGAUGAGUGAAGUAGAAAAAUGAUACAUUUCCAAUAUUAUUCCGUAAGUUUAUUUAGAUAUUCUCUAUAUACUUUCUUUCCGUAACGAUAAACCAUUCUCCCCCAUGCUUUUUUGCGGAUUAGCAAGUCAACUUUACUCAACCCUUUUUUAAUCCCUCUCUCUUUGAUAUUUUCAAUUGCAAUUUGUUGCAUUAUUCUCAAUAAUUAUGAGAGUUGGUGGAUAAUUUUGAUGUGAUUAGUCUGAGAUAUUUUGCAAGUACAGCGCAUCAAAUUUGGUGUGCUGUAAUGGUUGUGCUGCCUCUGCAAUUGAUCUGUGUUUUGCAGGAAGCACAGUUACAGUUCUCUGAUUGUGAAGGAUGUAUUGAUAGAUUAUUAUGCAAAAUCCUACAUCGAUUAGGAAUCAAGGAGGCUAGGGCUUUUCCUUUCGAGGGCCCUUUUCAAGGUAAAGCCCUGAGGCUCGAGCCAAACUGGACAAUUACUCCAGGUGUAAAUAUAAUCCAGUUCGAUUUGGAUUUAUUUGUCAUCACGUAUGAAGAACAGGUUCAGCUUUUAUGAUACAUGUAAAUACCCUAUUAAUCGAGCAUAGUAUUUGAGUAAUCGGAUCAA